AUGCACAAUUUAGGAAAUUCAAUAAUACCACCGACAAAUAUGACGCCUGCAGAGUUUUCACAAAGAGUUCUUUUUGAACAGGUAACAAUUCUGAUAUGGUCUAUUUUUUGCUUGAGGUGUUUUUUGUUCUCACUUAUUUUUAUCAUUUUUUCCUCUCUUUAUAUUGAAAUACAGUUUCAGAUGAAAGCAAUGCAAACAAUGUAUAGUCUCAGUUUGAAACCGUAAGUUUUCCUUUAUUAAUUUUUUUGGAGGAGGAGUCUGAUUCUAUAAUCACAAAUAGUGACUUGUCAUAUUUUUAAUUUUAUUAGUAAACAGGUCUAAUAAUUUUUGCUUCUUCGAUAAAUUUUCAAACCUUCCAAAUCUAAAAAAUCCAUCUGAACUUUAACGCCACAUUUUUCCAAAAAACUUGAAAUCAUAUGGUUUUUAAUCCAGACUCCUCUUUCACCUCAAUAAAAAACUUUCCCAGGUAAUAAUUAUGAUUAAUGUGUGCUUUUAGCGAGACAACAAACACCGUCGGCAGUUCUACAACAUAUGAUAAAAAUGGAACAGCCGCUGCAAAACUUGCGGCUACCACUAUAUUUCCAACACAUUUUCUGGCGGCUGGUGAUUUACAAACUUUGGCAGCUUCUGCUAUGAUCGACAAAUCUGAUAGUGUCCCUUCAACUUCUGCCACCAAUGAUAUUUCUCAAAUCGAAGCUGCUACUCUAGGCAAUUUAUUACAUCCAAAAGCUGUACACGGUUUAAAUUUCAAUGCGAUGAAUGUAAGUAUUUUUGGGAUUAUCUUUUGAUAAGAAAAGGGAUUAUACGUACACAUGCAUAUUUUCUUUUUUGUAGGGAUUAGCUGCUGGAAUGUUUCCAACUGAUGAUUGGAUGAAAUCAGUACAACUAGAUACAUUUGCUGAUAAAAAUAAUGAGUCUCAUAUUGCUCGACCAACUCCAAUAAAUGCGAUUCCAUCAACAUCUCAAACAUCUUUUAUUAAUAAUACACAAUCUCUGACGUCAGCAACAUCAACAGCAACUAAAGAAUCUGUAGAAGUAUCAAAGGAAGAUGAUCUAGAAGAAAUGUUUGGACUAUCAAAUUUGGAUGAUGGUGUUGAAGCAGGUCCCACUGAUAUGAACGGAGGCUUGAGUCCUGUUCAAUUCACCCCGCCAGAUUCACCAACCGAAGCGCUGACAACCGAUUUUUUAUUUGGAUUGGAACCAGCGAGGACAAAUUCAACGCCAGCUUCUUGUAGCUCACAACCAAGCACAUCUGCAGCUCCAGCUUUAAAUAAUAAAGAAGAUCAAUCAUCUGAUGGUUUCAAAGUUCCUGAAAUUCCAGUUAUUGAUCCCUCAUCAAUCACUCCGCCACCUAUAAAAGAACCCAUUUAUGGUAGAAAAUUUGUCAAAAGUAAUAAAGUGAGUUUUUCUAGGAAAGAGAUUGUGAAAGCUAGAUUACGUAGUUCUAAAAUUUCAAAAUACUAUUGACGAAGAUGUGGUUUUUAGUUUAAUAAAGUUUUUCCGAAUUCUAAAAAAAUUAAAGUUCAAAAUAUUUUUCAAAUUUAAUUUUCAUAUUUUUCAAAAUUGUGCCACAUUCAAAACUCAAAAUAAAUUUCCGGAUUAUGAUUUUUUUUGAAUCAAUGUUCUCAUUUUUCCAGGUUCCUGUAUAUAAACAAAAACUCAAUUCCAUAUUUUCAUCAAAUGAGAAAAAAGAAUCGAAAGAUGAUUUCGAUGCUUUCGAAUUUGAUGACGAUGAUGUUGAAGAUACAUUGAAACCCCAAGAAAUCAAAGAAAAAGAAAUUGAUGUAAGUUUUCCUUAUCUAUCAAAAAAAAUUCAGAAUACAACAAUUUUUCAGAUUUAUGCACAAUGUGAUGCAAAAAGUAAAAAUGUUUAUGUGCCUGGUAUAGGAUUUGCAAUUUCACAUGAGCCACCACCACCGGUAGGUUUUUCUUCAAUUUUUUCCAGAGCAUUCUCUGAUUCAAACUGUUUUUUAGCAAGAUUUGUGGAGACACGUUGUUCCUAAAAAGCGACACCAUGGUGAAAAUAAUAAAGGUUUACCUGGAUCAAAUCUUCUUCCAUCUUCUGCAUUACACGAAGCCCAGCUAGCAACAAGAAUGGUGGAUCCGGCAAUUGUGACAUUGGCCGAAUCAAUAAGAUUUCGUAGAAAUCAAAGAAUAUCUUGUAAUUUUUUGAAACCUGUAUUGAGCAAUGACACUGAUUGCCCUAAAACAAAAGUGAUUUUAAAAGUAAAACGAGAUGAGCCAGUUAUACCAAAAAUGAUUAUAAAAAUAUCGCGAGUUUUGGAAACUCUUGAAAAUGGUGCAACUCGAAAGAAAAAGAAGAAGAAAGGAAGCGAUGAGGAAGAUGAAAUUGAAGAUGAUGAUGAUUAUGAAGAUGAUUGGGAUAUUGCAGCUACAAUGAAAAGACGGAGAAGAACUUCUAAAAAGAAUUAUGAAUUACGAACUGUUGAUCCAGAAGAAGCUGUUGAGAAAGAAAUUGAAUAUGAUUAUCAUCAUGGUUUAGGAAUUUCAAAACAUACUGGUCGCAAAGAAAAUACAGAUUCUGUCAAACAUCGUUUGAGCAAAUUUGGUUCAGCUGAAGGAUUUCUACCGGUUUGUUUUUUUAUCAUAACAUUAAAAUCAUUUAACAAAUCGAUGUUUUUCAGAAAGGAACAUAUGUGGUUUGCAAAGCUGAUUUAUUGAAAGAUGAUUGUGCAUUGUGGCGAGUUGAUAAUCAAAACUUGCUUCAAAAAUUUCCACCACGAACUGAUCUUAUUGCCAACAAACUUAUCUAUAAAAGUAGUAGCACUGUGAGUUUUUUCAAAAUCAUUUUUCGAUAUCAUUUCAAAUAUCACAUUUAUUCCAGUAUUCCGGAUGGUGUGAACAAAUCUCCAAUCAAUACUUCCGUGUUUCCGUCAAAGUCAUCAAACAAAAUCGGUCUGAAACAACGAUUGAACCAGAAAUUCCGUUGGGCGAAUUGUUCCCUGCAAUGUCGGAAGAAAUGUUGAAGAAUCCAAGAACGGUUUAUAAUCAAGAACCUCCAAAACCAUUUGAUGAAACCAUUUUGAACCGGGAUAAUCAAAAAAUUGCAAUGCAUACAUUAAUGGUUACAUUAUUAAAUCAUGCAUUGACUAUGGAUUAUUUACAACAAGUUCAAGAAAAAAAUGGUAAGUUUUUUUUUCUGAAAAAAAACUAAUUUUAUUAAAUAAGUACUACUAAUGCUAAUGAAUUAGUUAUGUGCAAAAAAAGUUGAUCAGAAAAAAUGAUUUCUGACACUAAAUUAAAGUAAUUGUUACUUGGUGAGGGUUAGAAAAAUGAAGAUUCUUGAAUCUGGUUUCUCAAUUCUCUCGAUUCAGAAGACACAAAAAAACAUAAAUUGCAAAUUAAAAUUUGACCAUCUCAUAUUUUCUCAGAUUGGACGUACACUCGAUCAGUGACUGAAAUCGAACAAGCCAAUAGUGAAUCAGUCACUCGAAUCCGCAAACGUGUUCACAUCACCGAAUACGUUGAUUUUUUGAUUGAUCAAUACACUCGAUUAAUCGCUUUAUCAUCGGACUUCUAUGAUUUAACACAGUGUCAAAUUUGUGGUCGUCGAAAAACCAAAAUGGUUCUUCAAUUUUAUGAUCGUAAAUCAUAUGAUUCGGAUACACUUCAGUUCAAUUUAGAAGACAUGGAAGAGUUUCCAGAGGACAUUUUACCAUCAUUAGUGAGUUCAAUUAAUUUGUCAAAGUUUUUGAAAAUGAAGAAAACAAACUGAAACUAUGAACAUAUGAUUUGUUUUUUCAGGAUGUUUAUGCUUGCAAAAAAUGUGGAACCGCUACAAAUUAUUUGCACAGAAUCAAGCAUCUUCGACUACAUUUAUUGAGACAGUGUGAAGAAAAGGUUGGUAAAAAAAGUCCCCAUUUAAAAAAUAAUAAAAUUUUUAGCUCGAAUUGGUUGGCACUGAACAUAUCGAAAUUGCUCCGGAACGAAUUGUGGAAAUUGUGAGAAAAGACAAACCAUGGAUUGCCGGAGUGAUUGCGACUUACUGUGAAAUGUGGAAACAAAUCAAGCUCGACUUUGAAUAG